AUGCAACGUACAAAAGAGCGAGAAUUGCUCAUUGAAAAGGAAAACGCAUUGCUGAAUUGCAAACUAGUAUUUAAGGAGAAGUUUUCAGAAACAUCAUUGUCGCAAGGCGGCACGGAAUCGGUAACGGCGCGUCCAUUAUUCAAUAGAAACCGAGAGCAGAGCAUUCAUUCAAUCUAUCCGACAGAGGAACUAGAAUUAAUGAAGAGAAUUUCAUUAAGUGAUUCUCAAAAUCAAAGUCACGAUUCAUUACACGACGACGGUACCCCAGACAAAUCAUGUAAUGAGAAACUGCGUGCUCGAUUUGCGGCUCUUGCUGCUGAUGUCGAGAAUUUUGAAUGCGAUAUGAAACCUGUGCGCUCCAAGGAAUCAUUUCUCAAAGGGCUAUCACCACGUCUAAGUGGUGGUGAUACGUCCCCAACAGUACUGUUUACACCCACCGUUAGCUAUUAUCCAGCAGCUUCGGUCAGCAAGCUUUCGACUGGUUCCUUAUCUCGUAUUGAUGAAGGGAAACCAGUGUGCACCUUUGAUGAUGAGACGAUAGCAUACGCCGAUGAAUCGUUAGACAAAACGGAUGAGCAGGAGAAGACUGCGACAGUGGUAAUUGUUUAUAAAUCACUAGAAUCGCUAAAAUCAAGGGAUUUAUUGUGCAAUGCAAGCAAAAAAAAUUUGCGAUUGCAAUACCUGCGUGAUUCUUUAACCAACAGAUGUCUCGCUAGAGUACAAUCAAAAAAAGAUAUAAUGGAGCACAAAAAACCGUUAGAGUCUGAUGCUAACAAUUAUUCUGAAAAUGAAGAAUAUGGAAUUCACAAAUUUUUUAAGCGCAGAACACCAGAAGAACUACCGAAAUCCCCAAAAAACAUUAGUAACAAUUGUAACAAACAAAACCAAAGCGAGUCAAAGUUGAAUCAAGGAGCUUUUUUCAUAAGAAGACGCAAUAACAUUAAUGAUGAAAUCACGGUAGCUGUAAAGAGCACCACUGUGGCAGGUUCAACUGAUGCCGAUAAGCCAACCCACGCAAAGCAAAUGGCGAAACAACUCGAUGAAAGAAUUUGUGAGGAAAAAGUGAAAACGAAGGUUGCUUCCAAAAUCGCUGCCACGCUUUCGAAAUUCGAACGUCACCACUCGCAAUUGAGAAAAGAAUCUGGUUGCGCUGAAAUUGACACUCGCUCGACAAGCGUAAAAAGUUUGCGCGACAGAUGGGAAGUAUCUUCUGCUACUGGUACUUCUCUACAUCCAGAUCAGAAGGAAGAUGAGCUUUUACAGGCUGCUAUACGGAUGGCAAAAUCAUUGAAACAAGAAAGAAUGCGACCGCAGUCAUACUGUGAAACAAAAAAUGCAGUUGAAAUUCCUGAUUUUCGACCAAUAUCGGCAGCUCACUCCACUUCUUAUAUUCAGCCCACCGAAAGUGCGCUUCAAGGAUUCGCAUAUAACGAGGAACAAGACACUAUUCAAGAAGAAAUAAGCAAAGCGAAUAUUUCCAUCAAAAAUAACAACGAACCUAAUCAGCUUAUUGAUGAUGCUUUUCAGUUUAUUCAUCGAACACCGGAUAGAAAUUCUUCUCUAAUGUCAGCCAUUCUCAGUACACCCGAAAUUCGGACCACUUUAUCUUCUCCAACUACGGUAUCGACAGAUCGUGAGAAUGUUGGGGCAAUGGCUCCUCUGGCACAUUCAGUUUCUUUUUAUCGAAGGAAAGAGAAAGAAAAUCGAUCUGGGAGUGAGAUAGUAAUGCUUGGGCAGUUUACUCCUUCACCGUUCAAUAGUACCACCACUCUCAAUCGUACUAUAUCAAAGGCUAACAUGAAUGAUCGAGCAAAUUUUGAAGUCGAGCGAGCACGUUUAGAAAAGGCAAUCAGUGUGCAGCAAGAACAAAUUGUUCAAGCAUCGCGGGCACUCUCAUUUUGCCACAGUACACAGGAAUUCAGAGGAAGUCGCGAAGAGGUUGAUGCACAGCGAGCACUUCUGAUAGCGACGGAACGGAGACGUGCUUUAAUUUUUGUGCUUGAUCGACUAAUCCAGAAACAUGCGAUCGGAAGCGUCCAGCAUUCCAUUUCUGAUGGGCCAAAAGGAAAUCUAACAUUUUCAGAUAUUUCAGUGAAACUUAUGCGUGAUUUCGUUAAUGGACAUAUCAAUUAUCAUGAUGCAAGUUUUUCAGAUCAGCUGUUGUUCUACUUUAUUGUACUGAUACGAAAUGAAGAAACAGUUCACCAUACAACUUUAACGACGAGCGAUGAAGGCAUUUGUUCUGGAAGACUUGAAUUUCCGCAUUAUAUCCAAUUUCGAUCACUUUCUCACGAUUUUAGCUGUACACUGGAAAUUUUCGCUCUCAGAACGCGACGAGAAUUGCUCCGUCAUGAAACUAAAUAUCACAUCAAAGGUGGUAACUCAUUAAAGAAAUCCCAUAAAUCGAUGCUUUCACCAGGACUAGUCUCACUCGGUGGGCCAUCGGCAGUAAUAGACCCAUCAUUCCAGCGUGUUGGUCAUUUAUCUCUUAACAUAAGCAGUGUGAAUAAAACUAGAUUCCAUCUCUCUGAUACUCUUUAUCCACUUGAUGGAGUUGUCGAAAUGAAAGUUCGUUGUUAUGCAGAAGACUGUGGCACCGUUGGCUAUAAAGGCUUUUUGAGUUUAUAUCAGCCAGUUGAAAACAUUGCUUCUUGGGCUCGGUUCUGGUGUGUACUUUGGGAUGGUCAACUGCGAUUUUGGCGAUAUCCCGAGGAUGAAAACACAAAAAUACCAGUAGUGAGCAUUGACUUAAGAACAUGCGCAUGCAACGAAAUCAAACCUAUUCCUGUGGAAUGUUGUCCAUAUCCGAACUCAAUGCAAAUCGAUGUCUGGCUACCUGGCAAAUGUUCGCAAAAACCAGAUAGAAUAAGGGUUCUAAUGGCAGCGGAUAAGAAAGAUGAAAUGCAUUCAUGGCUGAAUGUAAUGAAUAUUUCACUUCGAAAUCUAACACUUUGGUCUUGCCGAUCGUAG